AUGCCGCCGGAUCGCACUCGGGGGGGUCAAACCCCGACAUCCCAGACCAAGUCUCAACGUACUCUGGCAUGUGUGAACUGCUACCAGCGCAAAGUGAAAUGCGAACGAAAAUUUCCCUGUGCAAAUUGUCUCAAGCAGUGCAUACAAUGCGAACCAGCGACACAAACCCGUCCCAGAAAACGUCGUUUCCCUGAGCGGGAGCUCUUGAAUCGUCUUCACAAGUACGAGGAUCUGCUGCGAAAGCACAAUGUGAAGUUUGAUCCGCUUCAUAAAGAUCCAGGUACCACAGCUGAUGAAGGUGGUGAGUCCUCUGAGGGGGAGCAACAGUCUCAAUCACGUCAUUCAUCUCCUGCCCGCAAAAGGCCAGAAAAUGCAUAUGAGCCCAAGAACAUAUGGCAGGCCAUGAGUCAAGGGGUUCGUCAUGGCAAUAGAAAGCAAUGUCCUGCAAGUGAGGGUCUACGGGAAGCUAUGGUCAGAAUUUCAUGGGACCAAUGCUUUGAAAAUGAUGAUCAUAUCAUCCUCGGCUCUCAAAAGACAUCUGUUGAUCUUGUGACCAUGCACCCUGAACCGGUCCAUAUCAUCCGGUUGUGGCAGUUAUAUCUUGACAAUGUAAAUCCACUGUUCAAAGUAACACAUACGCCAAGCCUUCAGGGAAAAAUCAUCGAGGCUGCUACCAAUACUAUGAGUAUUGAGCCUAACCUUGAAGCCCUCCUUUUUAGCAUAUAUUGCAUGGCUAUCCAAAGCCUCACUGAGGAGACUUGUCAAUCGACAUUUAGGUUUUCGAAGGCUGACCUUUUGACAAAGUAUCAAUUUGGAUGCCAACAAGCUUUGCUUAAUUGCCAAUUCUUGCGAACUGAUAAUCGAACGUGCUUGACGGCCUUGUUCCUUUUCCUGCUUUCACUCCAGUCGAACACAAAUCCUCAGUCCCUUUCGUCAUUACUUGGAAUGGCAAUCCGAAUUGCCCAGCGUAUGGGAAUUCAUUGUGAAACUUUCUUGGCUAAGUUAAGCGUCUUCGAGGCGCAAAUGAGCCGCAGACUGUGGUGGUCCCUUGUAUUGCUUGAUGCUCGCAUUAGCGAGCUCGCAGGGGCCAAAACAUCCACUCUGAACCCUACAUGGAACUGCAAGCCCCCUUUAAACAUCAACGACUCAGAUAUUUGGAUGGAGAUGAAAGAGCCACCCGCGGUUCAGGGCAAAGCGACCGAAGCAGUAUUCACAGUCCUGCGCAGCGAAUUGGCCAACUAUAUUCGACAUUCCCCAUUUCAUCUCGAAUUUUUGAAUCCAGCCUUAAAGCCAAUUGCAAGGGAACUUCCCAAUGGAGGCGAUGUAGCGACAUUCGAAAAGAGAAUCGAGGAUGAGUAUCUCAAAUACUGCGACGAGGAGAAUCCACUUCAUUCUAUGACUAUGUGGACAAUACGGGCACAUAUUUCAAAAUGCUAUCUUUUGGAGAGAUAUGCGAAAUAUCUUGACUCCUUUGCACCCCCCACCGAUACAGAGAGAGAUGCGUCUGUGGCCCAGGCAUUUCGCCUGCUCGAGUGUGACACGAAGAUUCUUACUUCUUCCCCUACGAAAGGGUAUGCUUGGCUUAUUCAAAUCUACUUCCCAUUUCCGGGAUAUGUCCAUAUCAUCCAGGACCUGAAAAAACGCCCUAGGAGUAAACACACUGAAAAGGCCUGGGAGGUGAUGAAUGAAAACUAUGAGGCGCGAUUUAACUCGUCCACCAGAUCUGAUAGUCUAUUUGCGAUAUUUGCGAGGAAUAUCCUUGAGGCUUGGGAAACACUCGAAACAUCCUACAAACAGUCAGGCGCACAGGUGUCGUCUCCGAAGAUUGUUGUCAGCAUCAAGCAAAAAUUGGCAGAAAUGACUAAGGACAUUCCGACUCCUAACUCUGAGCUGCCAGAUGAUGCUCUAAAUAAUUUGUUGAGUCAGCCAAUGCCUAUACCUAUGGGUAUGGAUAUGGGCGUGGGAACAAGAAUGGGAAUGGGCUUUGGAGACGAUAGUUUGUUAUCUGGUGCGGCUGGGCAAAUUGGAUAUCCUUGGUCAGAUCCAUGGUUAUUAUCUCACAUGCCAGGGCAGCCGCCCAUUCCUCCUGAUAACAAUCAUCUCAAUUGGGUAUCGAUGGUCUGGGGUUUGCAUGAAGCGCGCGGAUGGUGA